AUGUUGCACCGCCAAGAGCUUGCUUGCGUUACAAGGUGGUACAGUGAAAUGGAAAUGGAAUCUAAAGUACCAUACACAAGGCAUAGAGUAACAGAGUUGUACUUGUGGUCACUUGGAGCAUAUUUCGAGCCACAAUAUUAUCAAGCACGAGUUAUAUUAGCUAUUGCGUUAAUUAUAUUCACGGUAGUUGAUGACAUAUAUGAUGCCUAUGGCACACUGGAGGAACUUGAGCUUUUCACAGAUGCAAUGGAAAAGUGGCUUCCCGCUGCCCCUAACGGGAUACCUGACAGCAUGAAGCACAUGUACCGCGUCACUGAAGAUUUCUAUGAUAAAAUCGAAGAGCAGUUUGAGAAGGAAGGGAGGUCAGGUUGUGGCUUCCAUCUUAAGAAAUCAUUUAAAUCAACAUUGAGUGGAUAUAUAAAAGAGGCAAAGUGGCUGAAGAAGGAUUACAUUGCUACAUUUGACGAGUAUAAAGAGAAUGUUAUCUUUUCAUCUGGUUACUAUGGCGUUAUAGCCGUGGCAUUCGCAGGAAUGGUAGAUGUCGCGAACCUUGAUGCCUAUGAAUGGUUAAGCUCACACCCUAAAAUUAGAGUAGCUUCUGAGACGAUAUGUCGGUUCACUGAUGACAUUUCUAGCUACGAGUUUGAGCACAAAAGGGAGCAUGUAGCAACGGGCAUUGAUUGUUAUAUGAAGCAGUUUGGUGUUUCCAAGGAAAGAGCCGUUGAAGUGAUAAGAAACAUUGCUUCAGAUGCAUGGAAAGACUUGAAUCAGGAGCUAAUGAGGCCUCAUUCAUAUCCUUUCCCUCUUUUGAUGAGAAUCCUUAACCUUUCGCGAGUCAUCGACGUAUUCUAUAGGUACCAAGAUGCUUUCGUCCACCCCGAGUUCUUGAAAGAACACAUCGUCUCCGUGCUCAUCGAAACUAUACCCAUUUGA